UUGACAGCGAAAUAAAGAUGAUUAUUAAAUGCUGUAAUUGUUCCAAACCUGAAUAGAUAUUUAUAGAAAGUGGCUAAAUGUUCAGGAAUGUUGCUAAAGGCUGGAGUUUUCUUCUUCGUGCUUCAUAAUCGCUUUAACUGACUUUCACUAGAUUACACAUUUCAGCUAAUUACCACAUUUAAUACUUUAAUAUAAUUUACACACCACUGCUGCUGAAUUCUGUAUUAUAUCAGAUCACAGGUUUAUAUUAUAAUACAUUAUCGUUGCUAUAGUAACAGCUCGUGCACGUGUUCUGUAAGGAGAAGUGUGUUUAUGUAACAUUUGUGGAAGGAGUCUCCAGUGUCAGGGCUUUGUAACAGUCAGAGGUGAAGAUUUUUCAGGCUGGAGGUUUUUGCUUUUACGCUCUGAUUUAUGACCACAAACACCGGUGUGUGUGUGUGUGUGGGGAAGUGUGUGUGAAUGCAGAAGUGUGUAGCUGUUCUUGGAGGGGGGAUCAGCGGUCUUUCAGCCUGCUAUUACCUCAGCAAAACCUCCAAUGUCUCCAAGGUGGUGCUGUUGGAGGCGACGGGGAGGUUUGGAGGGUGGAUAAACACUACUCGUAGGGAGGAUGGAGCUGUAUUUGAACACGGCCCGAGAGGAGUCCGACCGGCCGGAGCAGUGGGGAGAAACACACUAAACAUGCUGUCUGAUUUGGGUCUGGAGCGUGAGAUCCUGCCGGUUCCUCAUGAUCACGUGGCCUCCAAGAACCGUUUCCUGUACGUGAAUGGAGAGUUACACAAACUGCCCUCCAGCAUCAGUGGAGUGGUGAAAACGGUGCCUCCGUUUUCCCGUCCCAUCAUCCUCAGCGUGAUGAAGGAGGUCCUGGUGAGGAAGGGGAAGCAGGAGGACGAGUCCGUGCACUCGUUCGUGUCCAGGAGAUUGGGCUCUGAGUUAGCAGACAUAGCGAUGGACUGUCUGUGUCGUGGAGUGUUUGCGGGAGACAGCAGGAAGCUGAGUGUGCGCUCGUGUUUCCCGCCGCUCCACAGAGCCGAACAGGACUGGGGCUCCGUCCUGCUGGGCAUGCUCUUCGGAGGAGAGAAGGCGGGUACAGGCGGCACGUCGGCGCUGGCACAGCGGGCGAAGGCGGAGUCGUGGGCGCAGUGGUCUCUGACAGACGGGAUGCAGACUCUCCCUGACGCCCUGCAGGAGGCGCUGAGGGGGCGUGAGCGAGUGGAGAUCCAUCACAGCGCCCCCGUCAGGUCUCUGAGCUACACUGCGGGCGGCUGGGAGAUUAAACAGGAGGACGGAGCAACAUUAAAAGCUGAUCAUGUGAUUUCUGCUCUACCUGCUUCAGUGUUGGCCUCAUUACUGCCCCCUGCUGCCAGAUCACUGUCACAUCAGCUGUGUGAGAUAAACUCUGUGAGCGUCGGGGUGGUGAACCUGGAGUACGAGGGAUCUGUGUUACCUGUAACGGGUUUUGGACACUUGAUCCCUUCGUCAGAGGACAGAGGUCUGUUAGGGAUCGUGUACGACUCGGUUCUGUUUCCACAACACAACCGGAGAGGAGAACCCACAACCAGAAUGACAGUGAUGAUGGGAGGUGCUUGGUUUGAAGAGACAUUAGGUGGUCCAGAUGAGGUGAAGGUUGAGGUGCUGUUGGAUCGAGCGGUCCAGGCCGUGAGGUCGCACCUGAACAUUACAUCAUCACCUGUGUGGAGUAAAGCUGCUGUCCUGAAGAACUGCAUUCCACAGUAUCACCUGGGACACUGGAAGCGACUCGAGGCGAUGAGGCGGUACAUCAGCGAUCACGCUCUUCCACUCACGCUGACUGGAGCCUCAUUUGACGGUGUCUCUGUUAAUGAUGUCAUAUUUAGUGGACGGACAGCAGCAGAGGGGCUUGUGGGAAAAAUCUGAAGCGUAAUAAGUUGAUUAAUAACCCAUAUCUCAGUAACACUGUAGAACCUGCACUGGGCUUCAGGUAUUUCCUUUGUGAUGAAUGUAGAAGCUUCAAAUCUGACCAGUGUGACUCAUUCAGCUAUUUUUACAAAUGAAAUUUUAUUUAAUAAAGCUAUAUAAUUGAGUAUA